AUGUAUCUUCCUCGCCAUCUUAUAUCGCAUCUCUACCUACAGCUGCUCCGGUCGCAUCAUCCGUUGUCGCCGCCGGUGUUGAUUCUCGUCGCCCUCGAGCCGGACGCCCUGUGCGCGUGUCGGAUUUUCACCGCCCUACUCAAACGCGACUAUAUACCGCAUAAGAUCCAGCCGGUGGCCGGGUAUGGCGACCUGGCGCGGGCGGGCGAGGAGCUGGUCAAGCCCAUGCGGACAGACCAGGGAGGCAGCGGCGGGGUGGUUGUGUGCUUGGGUGUCGGCGGGCUGGUGGAUCUCGGCGAGAUUCUAUGCUUGAGCGUCGGAGCGGGGGACGAAGAACAGGAAGGCCGGGAGGGAGAUGAGUCGCGAGGGGAGGAGGGCGCCGGUGGUGUCGAGGUCUGGGUGUUUGACGCGCGCCGGCCGUGGAAUCUCGGCAAUGUGUUUGGGGAGGCGGCAGAGACGAUACAACAGCAUGCCGGUGAGACGGACGCGAGUCUUCUACGGCGAAAGGCGCGUGGGGUCGACAAGGGCUGCAUCACGCAGGCCUAUUCCGCUGGGAAUGGCGGGAUUAUUGUGUAUGACGACGGGGAUAUUGAGGAAGAGCUGGCGUCCCAGCGGGAAGCAUACUACGCGCUGUUAGAUAUGCCUGAAGUGGAUGAUGAUGAUGACGAUGACGAUGACGGUUCGGACGAUGAGCUCGGUGCAGCGAACGAGUCGUCGGAAAAGUCGAAAAAGCGCAAGUCCUGGUCUGGCCGUGAGGACGAAGAGGAAUCGGACGAUGCGGAUGCGCCUCCACGUCAACGGAGGAGAAGUGAUUCGCAGGGUUCCUUUAUAAUCUCGUCGCCGAGUCAUCGACGUCGUACUACAUUGGAUUCGUCUAAUUCCUCGCGCUCUGCAACCCCUGUAUCGGAUGGCUUGUCUCCCGCCCAGCCCAAGCAGCCUUCAUCACGGUCUCUAAGACGACGACUGCUCCAACUGAAGCGGAAACACGAACACAUCCUGCAGACCUACUACUCCUUAGGGACAUCGUACUCCGAACCAAUCUCGUCCCUUGUGUACUCCCUUGCUUCGGAACUGGGCCGUGAAGACAAUGACCUGCUCUGGCUAGCCAUUGUUGGCGUUUCAAGCUUGGAGCUGAGUGGCCGCACUAUGACUGGCGUAGGGAUAUCCAAUGCCUCCGAGUCUGGAGGCUCAGCGGGCUGGGGCGGCGAGCGAGGAGAACGAAUCCGGCAGAUUCUCAGAGAUGAAGUGCACCGUCUAAAUCCACCUGACCCCCAUGAACGAGAUCGCGAUAUACGAGGGGAGAUUACCGGCGUCAUCCCCACCACGGCGCGGUCUCCGGCAGACAAGGCCAUCCGUCUAUCUCCGGAACCCCGGUUCUUGCUUGUUCGGCACUGGUCGCUUUACGAAAGCAUGCUGCAUAGCCCGUACCUCGCGUCGAGGCUGCAUGUAUGGACAGAGAAUGGCCGGAAGAGGCUCCACAAGCUCUUGGCUAAGAUGGGCAUCAGUCUGACGCAGUGCCAUCAGAACUACACGCAUAUGGACAUGGAACUGAAGCGAGUCUUACGGCAGCGCCUUCUCAAGUACGCGCCCAUGUACGGCUUGGAUGGCUUGGUCCCACCCGAGGCGUCGGGCCAUGCGAGCUCGCGGGAGGGCUGGGGGUUCAUACGUUGCUGGGGCUGGAAGGCCUGUCUCUCCGCGACUGACGUAGGCGUGAUCGUGGGCGCCAUCCUCGAAGUCGGCCCCCACGAGGUUGCGUCGUGGGAUUCCUGGCAGACGUCCCGGGCGGCUAGGAGAGCCCACGCCUCGGAGAGCAUUGAAGGCUCGUCCGAGUCGGACCUGGCGAACCUCCUCCCACGGUUUUGGAGUGCUUACGAUGCUCUCUCCUUGACGUCGGAAUCGCCCACCCUCCUGGUUGAGGCGCUCCCACUCGCCCAGCAUCUCCACCAGGCCAUUCUCCGCACCGGAACAUCACUGCUCUCGAAGCACCAAAUCCGUCAUCUGCGGGCAUUCCGCAUCGCAGUCGUUAAAGACGGCCCGGAUGUGAAGCUGUUCACGAACCCGGGCGCACUGACCAAGCUAGCCCUCUGGAUCGCCGAGGCGAUUCGAGUGCAGGAACAGGAGCGGGGUGAUAGCACCAAGUUUGGCCGCAAGCGCGCAGCAGGUACCCCUCUCGUUUUAGCUGGUCUAGACGAAGAUCGGGGCUUGUACGUGGUGGUGGGCACCGGCGGAGGCGGGGGCGUGGUGGAUUUUGCAGCGCUCGCAAAGCGCCAGGAGGAGCGGCGCAAGAAGAAAGAAGCCAAAGAGAAGAAGCAAAAAGAGCGGGCCGAACGCCGUGCCAAACGCGCUGCUGAACGAGCAGAGCGAGAGGAAAACGACGAAGAUGAAGCUGCGGACACCGAGGAAGAGGACGAGGAGGAUUCGUCUUCCUCCUCCGACUCCGACUCGGAAGACGAGCGAGACCCGCGAGGCAACAAACACCUCGUCCGGAAUCGAUUCGGUAUCGCCUUCCAGGAAGUCGUGCAGGAGACCAAUGCGCGGGUCCGGAUCGACAGCUUCGACCACUGCGUGGUUGAAGUCUUGAAGGAAGACCUCGGCGGCUUCCUUGAAGCCCUGAGCUUCCGGAGUGUCGUCGGAUAA